AUGAUCAAGUACUACCGCUAUCACAGAAACAACGACCACACUACAAACGAAUGCAAGGCGCUCCAAGACAGAAUCAAAGAAUUGGUUAGCAUUGGCCACUUCCGCCGCUUUGUCUGUAGAGACAUACCCCCACAUCCCUCACGAUCCGACAACCGACAUCCCCUUUGCAAUACUCGCCACGAUCACCGCACCAAUCAACAAACCCGCCAAGAACCGCAAAUUGCCCGCACUUACGUCAACACAGCUGAUCCUCCACUAUGCAGCGCAAUCAACACCAUCGUCGGAGGCUUUGUUGGUGGCGGCUCCACCUCAUCAACCAGAAAGAAACACUUCCGUCAUCUCCAAUCCAUCAAUCACAUAACCCAUUCUCACCACAGAUGUUGUAUGCCUCCCAUGACCUUUACUGACGAUGAUUUUCACGGCAUCGACCACCAGCAAGACGAUCCCAUGGUCAUCACGGUCGAACUCGAAAACUAUGCGGUCAAGAAGGUGCUUAUCGACCAAGGCAGUUCGAUCGACAUCCUCUACUGGACCACUUACCAAAAACUCCAACUUCCACCCACGACCAUGGUUCUUUAUGAUGAACUUAUCUUCAGGUUCUCCGGAGAGAAGGUUUUAACCUAUGGAUAUAUCGACCUCCACACUGUCUUUCGGGAAGCAUCUCAAACCAAAACAAUCCCCAUCCGUUUCCUUGUCGUAGACGCACCCACCUCAUACAAUGUCCUCCUUUGUCGACCAUCCCUCAACAUUCUAGGCGCCGUCGUCUCCACAACCCACCUAGCCAUGAAAUUCCCCUCCCCAUCAUGA